AUGACAAACGCAGUUACUCCAGAAAUAUUGUCUUUAAUAGACCCCGUGGUUUCUCAGUUAAAGCGCCAUCAAUUCAAUGGUGCUAAAGAUAUUGCAUUGGCUAUUUCACAUUUGUUAAUGAGAGUUAUAUCGGCCGCUAGAUGGACUAAUCCGUACGAUUUAAUUUCGGUUAUUAGGAAGGUUGGUGUUAUACUUAUUAAAGCUCAGCCAAGGGAAAUUAUUACAGGUAACAUUGUAAGAAGAGUAUUAGCAUUAAUAAGAGACGAAAUAGAAACUGAAGAUGCAGAAAAUUCGACGAAUACACCAAUGAUGAAUUCAAUGUUUAGUUUAUUAUCCACUAAUAACAACCACACUGAUAAUAAAGAGCAAAUACAACUGAAAAAACAAAGCAGUGACUUAAGAUCAAUUAUUAUUCAAGGAAUAAGAGACUUAAUCGACGAAAUUUCGAAUAUCAAUGAAGGUAUCGAAACAAUGUCUGCUGAUUUGAUUCAUGAUAACGAAAUUUUGUUAACGCCUACUCCAACAUCCGAGACAGUGUUACAAUUUCUAAUCAAGGCCAGAGCUAAGAGAAAGUUUACCGUUUUGGUUACUGAAAAUUAUCCAAAUGAUAUUCAACAAGCCCACAAGUUCGUUAAGACGCUAGCAGACCAUAAAAUUGAAACCAUAUUAAUACCCGAUACGACGACUUUUGCUGUUAUGUCUCGUGUUGGUAAAGUCAUUGUUGGCUCUAACGCAGUCUUCGCUAAUGGUGGCUGUAUGUCAGCUUCGGGUGUCUCUAAUGUAGUUGAAUGUGCGAAAGAACAUAAGACACCAGUGUUUGCUGUGGCCGGUUUAUAUAAGAUAUCUCCAUUAUAUCCAUUCAACAGAGAUGACUUAAUUGAAGUUGGUAAUUCUGGUAAAGUUUUAAAUUAUGACGAUUUCAAACUAAUCGAUAAUGUUGAGGUAGUUACUAAUCCAUUAGAUGACUAUGUGCCUCCAGAACACAUUGACAUUUAUAUAACUAAUAUUGGAGGUUUUUCUCCCUCAUUCAUUUAUAGAAUCGUGUUGGAUAAUUAUGAUUCUGAAGAUAAUAAACUCGAUUAG